AUGAGGGGAUCGCGGGCCCCUCUGCCCGUCGCCUCUGCUCUCCUCGUCCUCUCCUCCUCCUCAUUCUGCUCUCAUGGGAUCCCUUCCACUCCUUCCUCCUUGUUGACGCAUCAUGCGCGUGCUUGGAGAGCCGUGUGGCUGCACUGCAUGGCGAUUCAGAUAUUGCGUGGUGGAGGAAAAAUAGAUUUGUCUUCCGAUCUUUCGGAUUAUCUAGAAUAUUUUCCCGAUACUCCCGAGGACUCCAAAGAACGAUGGGAGCUAAGACGAAAACAAUUUAAAGAAUAUUAUCAGAAGAUGGAAGAAAAUCAGAAGUCCGAGCAAGCUGAACAGUUCCAAGUAGCAGACAAGCUCCGAGUGGAGUUUCAGGAAUGUAGUAUAGUCCUUCUGAAAGUCUCAGCUCCACACGUGCUUGAUGGGAUAAGAGGAGGACAAAAGCUUGUUCUCAGCGGAAACCUUGAAACUACUGGACUUUGGCAUGCAGACAAGCUUGAUUAUAAGUACGCUGUUUUGUUCCAAACUGGCGAAUCCAGCGCUGUGCAGUGGGAGGUGAAAUGCGAGACGAAAGUGAGAAGAAUCACACUCGUUAAUAACACGGUCAUCAAAGAUCAUUUCGUAGAAGAUCGAUGGAAACUUUCCCGAAUCGUCCAGACUCCAUACACAAUGAGUGCUGAAGAAUGGAAGACAUGGUUUCUGUACCACAUUGCCCACUGA